GUUGUCAUCUUCCCCUUUCUCCAGAUCACAGAAAGGACUCGCCGGAGAGGAUCCGGCCCUUCCCCCCACCCCUUCGUCACCACUCCCUCCCGUCCACAAGAUGCUGUACUGGCAUUUGAAUGUCCUGCAUGACGGGGCCGGUACCGUCGUGGUCAACAGCAAAGUUGCCAAGAGCGUGUACCAGAAGAUCGUGCAUAAAACGACGAAGCACGUCCAGCACAGCAUGCAGGCGUCCAUGCAUGCCGACUACUUGGGGGGGGGCUUCAGCAUAGGCAUCAGCCCGAAGGCCUCCCAGGCACGCUCUACCUUGUCCGCUUCGGAAGAUCAGCGGAUUUUGGCCGAGCACAUGACGUGGAACCAAACUGUUUCGUACACACUUGUGGAUGGCCAGACGCUGGCGAUGAUUACGCUCAUGGAAUGCGACAAGAUUAACAACAGUUACGGUCCGCUCGGCAGUGUCGACGACGGGGAUGAAGCUUGCUUUCACACGGUGCGCGAAUCGCCCACGGUGUAUUUGCUCACCCGUGGUCUAGUCGAAAAUCUUCUAACGACCUUUCCAGGGUACGCGUUCGACACGUCGUGGGCGGCGCGGCUGGGCACGUGGGGUGUCAAGGCCAGUGUCCUGUCAACCAGUGCCAUCGAGGAUUCUACCACUUUGACAAUAUACUCCCGGCCUAAAUUGAUAGAGCAUUCUGUAGGCAAAGUUAAAGGAAGAUAUUUGGACUGGGUCACAGUCCGGCCAGGCAUGUUCAUCAGCGUGCGCGCGGGGGGAUUUGUCGAUUCCAUUAGUCUUGGCAACACAACGUGGGGCGGUGUCGGCGGUUUCACACGCUCGCUUCAACCUGAAUGUGACGAAGUUAUCACCACCAUUGGCGGUAGGGCGGGUGAUGUCCUCGACCGCGUGUACUUUGGCGUGUCACCAGAAAGAGGUCAUGAUAGUGAGAUAAAUCGAGGCAUUGGUGGUGCAGGUGGAAAGGAAUUUUGCUGGAACCCUGAGAAAGUCGGCCGAAUUUACAGAAUAAGUGCGGAAUCUGGUUGGUGCAAUGGAUAUAAUGUCAUCUCCAAGCUGAGAAUUUUAUCUACCAUGUAAACUUCCAGGUUGUCAGCCCAUGGGCAGGUCAAUUCCCGGUGAGAGCAUCCGCCACAACCCUCGAGGUUUUUUUUUGAAUUUCAUGCGAAGGAUAUUGAAGAUAUAGUACUUGAUUGGUGGAGGUUUUCCUCCACGCCUGAUAAUAUGGAGCACGUUGAGGUUUCAUCCAUCGAUUAUGGCUUUGAUUUUACAAUCGUUUUUGCCGGACGGACACUAGUAUGACACAUGACCAAUAAGCUAAUUACUUCGCUCGUUUGAAGGGAUUUAUUUGGGUGACUCCCAUCAUUUCUAAAGAAUUGUCACUGUCCGCUGCAUUACUCUUUCGGUUUCAAAUGGAUUGGUGAUUCUUUUCAAGAAUUUACCGUCAAUAUUUCUGAUGUUUUGACGACUUGAGAAUGUUUCUGAAAAGGUUUUUUACAUAAUCCUUUGGCUGAUGUUCAUACGGGGGGAUUGCGAGUUGAUGUCAAAAGGUCGAGGAUAUGUCUCGAGUUGAAAUCACUCAAAAAGAUGGAAGAAAACGUAGUGGGAAACAGACGAAAGUGGGUAUAUCCACGCCAUUCAUAGACGAAAGUUGAUCGUUAUACUGACGACAUGUUCGGAAGAAUGUUCUUCCGUGUGAUGAUGUGGACGUCAAUUCCCGCUCGAUUGCCGCUGUCCGUAAGUAGACACAAGUGGGUACAAUUUGGACAAGAGGGGGUCAAAAUACAGACAUUCUCAGCCCGUGGUCACG